AUGGAUGCUGGGCUUUCUGUAGCGGAUACUUUCAACGGCUCCAGCAUUUUGAUUACUGGUGGAACUGGCUUCCUGGGCAAGGUCCUGGUCGAGAAGUUGUUGUACUCGGUUCCCAAUGUGAACAAGAUUUACUUGUUGAUAAGAGGGCUGAAGGGUCAUUCUCCUCGAGAUCGGCUCAAUAAAUUGUUGAAAGUAUGCCAUCGUUUUUACUUUUUAAAUUUUUUGUUUAUUAUAUGAUUUGAUGCAACUUAAUUUUUAGAGUCAAAUCUUUCAUCGGAUUCGCGAAAAAGAUGUUGAAUUAUUCAAAAAGCUGGUGCCCAUAAAUGGAGAUCUGAUGUCCGAAGACCUUGGCCUGAGCCCAGCCGAUGAGACUCUUCUCUGUGAAUCCGUUUCCGUGGUUUUUCAUUGCGCAGCCACGGUGAAAUUUGAUGAAGUUCUGAAGGUGGCCAUUAAGAUGAAUGUAAUUGGAACCCAGAGGUUGAUCGCUCUGUGUCACAAGAUGCAAAAUUUGGUGGUACGUCAUCUUAAAAAUCUAGAUUCUAGGCAUUUGCGGCCUCUGGCACUUCCUCACAUCUAUUUUUCGCUUAUUUGUUUAUUUUUUUUUGUUUUUUAGUGUCUUGUCCACGCCAGCACGGCUUAUGCGAAUUGUGACUUAAAAGAGACAGAAGAAGUCAUCUACAAACCCCCCGUAGAUCCGGAGAAAAUCAUCGAUGCCAUGGAAUGGAUGGACGACGAGAUGGUCAACUUGAUCACGCCGAGACUCCUCGGGAAACGCCCCAAUACUUACACUUUUGCUAAGGCCUUGGCUGAGUCUCAAUUGCAAACAGAUGCGGGUGAUAUGCCCGUGAUUAUUGUGAGACCGUCCAUCAUUUGUGCUUGUUGGAAGGAACCCUUGCCCGGAUGGACGGACAAUGUGAAUGGGCCUACAGGCAUCUUUGCCGGGGUAGGUAUUACAAGGUCAAAGAUUACGCUGACUUGCGAUUGAUCUCUAAAGAAAAAGAGACAAAGUUCAGCGAGGCACGACUGAUAAGAUAUUUGUAAUGUCGGUUUUUCCUAUCUAGGGGAUGUCUGCAUUAUCUAAAUGCAACAGUUACGACUUGGGUAAUUAGCAUAUACGGAUGGACAUGCGCGUAUGACAACAAAAAACGAGCAUCAGUUAAAAAGGGGCACCAAACAUUAAAACAAUCGUAAAGAAAAAUGUAAAUAUGAAUGCAAAAAUAUUAAAAUUUCAGGUUGGCAAGGGCCUUUUGACUAAUAUGUGUGGAAGCUCUACUGCCAAAGCUGAUAUCAUCCCCGUGGACAUUGUCUCUAACUGCCUGAUUGUUGCGGCUGCUUACCGUAUCCAACUAAAGAGUUGCCAGGAGAUUCCUGUUGUCCACUGUUCUUCAGGAGAACUGAAUCCAGUAAAAUGGGAGAGAGUGGUUAAUUACAUCCAGAGAUUCUUCCUCAAAUAUCCCUUGGAUCAAUGUUAUCGUGUUCCUUCCACUCAUUUCCAUUCUAGCAGAGCCCUGUUCCUGUUCAACUUCUACACAAAACAUUACAUUCCUGCCCAUGUUCUCGACUUUUUGUGUUUCUUGACUGGUCGAAAACCAACGUAAGUUAAGGUUUAUACGCAAUAUUAUGUAUUGCUCUCAGUUUUGUCAAAAUCUACGGAAGGAUAUGGAAGAUGAUCGAGACUUUGCAUUACUUUACAACCCGUGGCUGGUCUUUCAAAUCGAAGAAACUUCUGUGUUUGUGGGAAACUCUGAGUGAGCAAGACAAGAAAGAGUUCAACUUUGAUGUCCGUCAGUUAGAUUGGGAUCGUUAUUUGUUUGAUUAUCUGAUGGGUAUGAAGACAUAUCUUCUCCAAGAGAAGAUCGAAGAUCUCCCGAAGGCCCGGGCAAAUCUCGCAUGGUGAGAUCUCUGAUUCAUCUUUUCUUAUUUAUAUUAUUCUAGGCUGAAACAACUCUCUGUCGUCAUGAAUGCGACAGCCUGGGCGUUGAUUGUUCGUCUCUUUGCCUGGUAUGUUCAUCUUUAUUUUGAUAAUGCAUUGUUGCAGGCGUACCUCGAGGAAACAGAAGUGGACAGUGUGGAUAACGGGUGUCCUUCUCACCUAUGCCUUCCAGAAUGUGGAUGUAAGGCCGUUCGUCUACUUAAAGAGCCUGGAUGAGUACCAACAGACCGCCCUGAAGCAUCAGUAA